GCAUCAGUACGGGCGUUUUGAAUCCCCCCUCCACAACCCAUCAAUGAACCCCAGCGAUGGGAGCAGCGUGGGGGAGGGCGGCUCCCCCUCACACCCCCACCACGCGCCUCCACAGCACUCCAUGGGGGGACAUCCCAACUCCAUGUACCAGCACCAGGGCCACCACAAUGUUGACCACCACGGCAACAACCCCCACUUUCCCCCCCAGCAAAUGUAUAUCCCUUCCAUCGCUGGACAAGUCCCCACAACUGCCUCCACAAGCUACAUGACACACCAGGGUAUGAUGUCUCCGAGCAGUCCCGUCUACUCGACCCCACACUCAAUGAUGGGGGGCUACUACCAUCCCCCCAUGGGGGGUGUCCCUUCAUCCAUACCCACAGAGUCACCCGUGUCUGGGGAGUCCCCAUCCCCGGGGUCAGAGGAUUCCAAUGAUGACUUGACCCGUCACAACAAGCGGCCUUCACCUGACGGGGGUGAUGCCAUGGCUGGUGUUGGUGCAGGACGCGGCAAGAAACCUAAACUAUCCAAGAAAAAUAAAAAGAAAAAAGAUCCCAAUGAACCUCAUAAGCCUGUGUCGGCAUACGCGCUGUUCUUCCGUGACACCCAAGCCAACAUUCGUGGCCAGAAUCCCAACGCCUCUUUUGGUGAGGUGUCAAAAAUUGUUGCAUCGCUCUGGGAUUCACUAGAAAUUGACACCAAGAACGUCUACAAGAAGCGCACUGAAGUUGCCAAGAAGGAAUACCUCAAACAGCUGGCAGCUUACCGUGCUACACUUGUUUCUAAGGGAGGCGAGGGCGACUCCAAGUAUGCCAGUGGAGCCCCCGGGUUCCCCCCACACUACGCCUACAACGGGGGCGGUGCCCCCGCCACUGGGGGAUAUCCUGGAGGACUCAACCCCCAGAUGCCACCUCAACAAUCCACUAUGGGUCACCCAAUUCCCCCACACACUUCAUCCCCUAUUUACCUCUCCUGGCGUAGGGUCUCCAGCCAGCACCAGCUCCUCUCCAGCCCCACCCCAGCAGACCCCACACUCCAUGCACCACACUCCACACUCUCCACACCUCUACACUCAGGUAUGUGCACCACACUCUCCACACCUCUACACUCAGGUAUGUGCACCACACUCUCCACACUCUCCACACCUCUACACUCAGGUAUGUGCACCACACUCUCCACACCUCUACACUCAGGUAUGUGCACCACACUCUCCACACUCUCCACACCUCUACACUCAGGUAUGUGCAUCACACUCUCCACACCUCUACACUCAGGUAUGUGCACCACACUCUCCACACUCUCCACACCUCUACACUCAGUGGGCGAGUACUGCAGCGAUGAGUGUGUCGUCAACCACUGCCGGGAUGUGUUCAGCACGUGGGUCGCUGGCAACCAGUCCAACGCGUCCGGCUACCCUGCGCCUGUGAAAUAAAACGGCCCGAGUGGAAUAAACGGCCCAUUGUGAAAUAAACGGCCCGACUGUGAAAUAAAACAGUCCGACUGUGAAAUAAACGGUCCGACUGUGAAAUAAAAUGGACCGACUGUGAAAUAAAACGGACCGACUGUGAACUAAAACGGUCCGACUGUGAACUAAAACAGUCAGACUGUGAAAUAAAACGGACCGACUAUGAAAUAAAGCGGCCCGUCGGUUCUUCGCGCCGUGCUCUCUAACGAAUCAUAACUUAGUACAAUUAUUUCCUACAUAAGAAUUAGGCUGGUGUAACUUCUUCUAAUUAUACCAAAAGAAUUGUAUUAGUUUCCGGCAACAAUUAUAAUGGUUUCUCUUCGUCUUGUGCCUCUUCACUUGACAAAGAAUUGCAGAUUAGUGUCUGAAGUGUACGACUGAAGAGGCUCAUUUGAUGCUUGUAUAGCUUUUAAUUUGUAUUGUUAUUUGUUCAUUGUAAUUACAAAAUUUAUUAGUUAGCUACAUCUAGUGUGUUCACAAUUCAUGGAGCAAAAUGCCGGGAUCCUGGUAGAAUAUUCAGAAUGAGAGUCCAAACUAUGAGGUAGAAACUCGGGCUUUGGUAUGCAAGUUUGUGGGUACGACCGAGGUACAAUAGUGGACUGGAAUGGCGUUGGUCUUCUUUGGGACGAUGAUGGCUGCUGGAUUAGUAGAGGUAUUUGUGUUAUUAUUGUUACAAUUGCUGACUUCUGAUUGUUCAUUCUAUCUAAUUUAUGUCUAUCAGUGCAUCGUUUUCGUAAAGCAUUGAUAGGUCGUGCAAGUAUGGCUAGACAGACAUCUUCUAAUAGCCUGAAGGGGGUCACUUGGCAAUCAAAGUCUAUGGAUAUUCAGGGAUGUUUAUUUGGUAGGGAUGAGAAUUAGGUUAUUUUUAUCAAAUGUAAUUAUGUUGCAGGGUUGGAAUUAUGUUGCUUUGAUCGAAUAUUAGUAUGUUGAAGUGGUUGAAGUGGCUUCAUUGAGGGAAACCAGGAAUGUGGUGGCGAAAACGCACUAAAUUUGAUGAGCUUGCGCAGAGCGAAUUAUUCCUUGGCAUUUGAAUGCUAGUGCACAACCCGCAUGACAAACGUGCUCUCCGUGUUUGUUAUUGCAUUUGCAUUUUCGGAUGUAGCAGUCCCAGGCCACGCUCGAACAGACGCACAUCGAACGCUGUUGGAUGAACAAGUUCUCCUGGUUGUUCUUUGUGCUACCACUUGUAGAACGAGUUAUACAUGACUUAUUUAAUGAGUUGUAUUGGUGUUUUGUGGCGGUUCUGCAGUUAAAUUAUUGUUAUUGUUCUUGUUGUUGUUUAGACGAGCGUUUUUAUUUAAACAUUUGCGUCCUUUAGUUGCGCCUGCAUCUUUUUUUAAGCUGUGUAUAAUAAGAGUUUACUGCACCGAUCUUCUAUUGUGAAUAUGUGAAUUAAUCUCUCGUUCUAUUGUAAUUACUCUGAACAAUAAGCAUACAAUUACUACCAAUAAGAGCAGCAUGUGCAUGAGAACCUCACAGCCCUUAGGUUUUCCUUUAUCUCUAAGCCUAGGGAAUAUAUAUUUCUUUGUGUGUUUUUUUCUUUGAAUUUCAAGUAUUUUAGGUGAAGUGCGAAACUUGGCAGCGCUGUUUGGUGUGUCUUUUGCUGCGAGUUUAAAAUGUCGUGUCUUAUAAUUCAAGAUUUUGUAUAUUUGAAAUAAUUUCCAUGAUACUGUUGACGAGGGUGGCCGUGGGAUGCAUCUUAGAAUAUAUUAUAUGUGUAUAAUAUAUUCAGUAAAUAUAACUGAUUGUGAAAUACAAGACUUUCCUGCUGACUGAUCAGUUGGUUCCUCGCUGACUUGCUGUCAGUGAAGAGGUUAGGUUCAGCGAGUGACGUCAGCCGCGUACAUGCAGAAAAAUUAAGAGACUUUGUACAAACAACGAUGCAUUUUUAUGCACUUGUUUGGGUCAUCCUGACCCAUUUUGCUCGGCAAAAAAGACGCCUCAGUGCUAAGUGUGUCACUAAUGUGUAUCGCUAUUCGGACAAUAUUACCCAUGCAUUUUUCUGACUACCACACAGUUGCUGGUGUUGAAUAUGCCCUCAUUAACUUUAUAACGAACCAUUCAAUGUAAUAAUAGCAAUUCAUUGUAAUUACUUUGUUUACUAUUUUUGAUGCUAUAGUUAUGGUUAUAUUUUCGCUUGAAAGUUGUACUAUAUUAUAUUACUGCCUGGAAUGAGGUUCACAAAUGUUAACACAAAUGUUGAUUUAGAGGAAAGUGUAUGUAAAAUGCGAAGCUCAUGGCAGAAAUUCUUGUCAAGGAUUCCAUGCAAGAUUUUACUGACCACACUUCAUGAUAACCAUGGUGUUGAUAAUGAUGUUUCAUCACCACACUUGGUGAUAAUAAUGAUGGUGAGAUCUCAGAACGGAACUCAUGAAGUCUAAUGAAGGUUUGUGGUCCUGAGGUCAGCAACUGUGCAAACUUUGAUAAGCUCUUAAUUCUUGGAGAUGUGAAGUGGACAUUUUUAUUGCAUGGAUAUGAAAUGUUAUAAUAGCAUUGAAGUGAAGUUCUUAUAGCAUGGAGAAAUGAAGUGCUAUAAUAGCGUGGAGUGAUGAAGUGCUAUAAUAGCGUGGAGUGAUGAAGUGAAGUGUAGCGCUAUUAUGACAUUUGGAAGUACACCCACUUGCUCUCAGGCCUUGACAGGGAAAGUGCAGCACUUUUAUCCCUGCAUUUAUUUCUGCAUGUCACGCUGCAGUUUACCUGAUAGUUCACGCUGCAGUACACCUCCCAGUGCUGAGGAACGCUUGUAUAAAGUGUACAGUAACAGCAAUAACUAUUCUAUAGCGCCCAUAGUUAAGCGUAGUCCUCAGAUCUGUAGCUUAGCACCUGGGUUCGGUCACCGUACAUUAUAAUUUAUGAUGGUUUCACAUUUUUUCCUGUCUUUGACUCUUUGUUCAGAUUUUGAAGUAUAGUUAUUUAUUCGUGCGUGAUUUAGGCUCAUGGCCGAUGUGUGCUGGUUUUAUUUUUCCAUUGAUUAUCUGUCAUCAAUAUAAUGCUUAUCAUCUGUUCUGUUAUCUGAUAAUUUUCAUCAAUUUACUGUUAUAUUUCCAUUGAAUGUUUACAAACUGAGAUUCCUUUUAAACUUUAUGUUCAUUUUGUGAUUAGAGAAUUGUGCUGUUGUCAACACUCGAUCAGUUCAGAGUGAUGUUAUAUUCAUGCCACUCGUAUUCAUCAUUCACCAGUGACCGUGUGAGUGUCAUUCACCAGUGACCGUGUGAGUGUCAUUCACCAGUGACAGCGUCAAUGUCACUCGAGAGAAUUUUUGGUCAUUUUUUCCUCACAGGUUUUAUCAAAGUUUUCAAUUUUAAUUGGCUUGUAAUGCGUUGCAACUCGUACAACUCCAGUUUUUAAAUUUCACGUUCGUUAUUUUCAGUCUGCCACGCAGCGUAACUUUGCUUCCAUGUGAAAAUUUUUAUUAUUUAUUGAGCAACUUCACUAAAUAUUUCAUACAAUUCAUUAUAUGACUUGACCGAGUGAAUAACUGAGUAACUCCGCGAUGCUCACCUUGCAUUUAAAUUUGUUGUGACUUGUAGAUUUUUUUUCAUCGGAUUUGAACAGCUUCUACUCGUUUGCUGAACUCAGCGAAAUGAACGAGAAUUUGCCCAAAUAAUGACCCACUUUUUGGCCUGUGAGUGAGUCAUCCUGACGCAAGGGUGGCCGACCAAAGGGUGUAUAUAUCUGUGCUACGUCCGCUCUAUGAAGAAAGUGUGUUACUAUUUGGACAAUAUGCCUGUUAAUUAUCUGAGUGCUGGUUCACUUUGUUGGAAUCAUAGUUCGCACUAAUCACCAUCACUAGCGGGUAAUACGUUGACUAGUAC